AUGACACUGGUAUGCAGGAAGUAUCGUGUAGAACACGUAUUAUCAUGCCCCAAGGGAGGGUUUCCAUCACUACGUCACAACGAAAUCAGAGACAUAACGGCCAACCUCCUAUCAGAAGUCUGCAACAAUGUAUGCAUUGAACCACACUUGCAGCCAAUCUCAGGAGAGCACCUCCCAGGAACAACAGCAAACAUCACAGAAGGAGCUCGCCUAGACAUUGCCGCAAAUGGGCUAUGGGGAGGACGCUUCGAACGCACCUACUUUGACGUGCGCGUCUUUAACCCCCAUGCAGCCUCAAACAGACAGACCAACCCCUACAGAAAACACGAAAUGGUAAAGAAACGUGCUUAUGAAAGUCGAAUCCAAGAAAUAGAGCACUCUUCCUUCACACCACUCGUGAUGUCAUCAACAGGAGGCCUUGGCCCCGCUUCAACAUCCACUUACAAGCGUCUUGCCACCCUCCUGGCCGCAAAAUGGGACCAACCCUAUACCUUCACAAUGAAUUGGCUGAGAUGCCGCCUCUCGUUUUCACUCCUAAGAUCUUCAAUCCAAGCCAUCAGAGGAGCUCGUUCAACUGCAGGCAAGGCCUCAAAAGCAACUUCCCUCCCAAUCGAUUUAGUGAUCAGUGAGUCACUGAUAACAGACCACUGAUCCCUGAACAUUGAACUAACUAGCAUAAUUAUUACACUGUACUGC